CGCCGCUGCGCCGCAGCCGCCGCCCGGGCCGCACGUCCCGGCUGCCCCGAGCUGCUUCACCGAGGAGAGCCUGGCGCACCCGGCCGGGCCCGCGGGCGUCUGCUGCGUGUCCCGCUCCGGGCUCAGCGUCCCCGCUGCCGCCGGGGCUGCCUCGAUGUUCCAGCUGCCUAUCUUGAAUUUCAGUCCCCAGCAAGUGGCAGGGGUAUGCGAGACUCUGGAGGAGAGCGGCGACGUGGAGCGCCUGGGUCGCUUCCUCUGGUCGCUGCCCGUGGCCCCUGCGGCCUGCGAGGCCCUCAACAAGAAUGAAUCGGUGCUGCGCGCGCGAGCCAUCGUGGCCUUUCACGGUGGCAACUACCGCGAGCUCUACCACAUCCUGGAAAACCACAAGUUCACCAAGGAGUCGCACGCCAAGCUGCAGGCGCUGUGGCUCGAAGCGCAUUACCAGGAGGCUGAGAAGCUGCGUGGACGGCCCCUGGGGCCGGUGGACAAGUACCGCGUGAGGAAGAAGUUCCCGCUGCCGCGCACCAUUUGGGACGGUGAACAGAAGACACACUGCUUCAAGGAGCGCACGCGGCACCUGCUACGGGAAUGGUACCUGCAGGACCCAUACCCGAACCCCAGCAAAAAGCGUGAGCUCGCCCAGGCGACCGGACUUACCCCUACGCAGGUGGGCAACUGGUUCAAAAACCGCCGACAAAGGGACCGGGCGGCUGCAGCCAAGAACAGACUCCAGCAGCAGGUCCUGUCGCAGGGCUCGGGGCGGGCGCUAAGGGCCGAGGAAGAGGGCGCGCCCGAGGUCCUGGGCGCCGCCGCCAGUCCGGCCGCCAGCCUAUCCAGCAAGGCAGCCACUUCCGCCAUCUCCAUCACGUCCAGCGACAGCGAGUGCGACAUCUGAGCUGCCCAUCCAACACGCUCGGAAACAGAAUCCGGAGUAAAAAAACAAGACAGACAAAAUGAAGGAGGGAGGGAGGAUGAGACCAAGCAAACCAAGCGCUUGUGAAGCCAGGUGGCCAGGGACCCGGGCCCAGGGACCCGGGGGCUCGGGUUGCGGUGUCCGCCCCGCGGCUCGGCUCCACUGGCGCCCUCCGGCCGCUACUACAGGGGUCCACGGUGAGGCCCGACCCAGCGCCACGUUCUCCUUGCUUUGCUUCAUCCCAAGGAUUUUGCUGCAAAGAUACCUCCGGAACCCGAACUGCAUGCUGAGCGCCUGCCCUGAAUCUCCCGUGGGUAUUUCACGUCGAAAGGACGCUGUUAUAUAUGUAUAACUUUUGCUUUAAAGUUUUUUUUUUUUAAAAAAAACAUAUAUAUGCUGUUUAUUUACUUAUUUAAGAGACUGCCGUGGUAGGUUUCUCUGUAUGUUGGAAACUUGCUGUUUCUAAAGCGGCAGGGUGGAGACCAUGGGUUUUGUGUGAAGAAACCAAACAAUAAAAACCUGGUGAGCAACCUUUCUUAAUUAAGGGAGCUGCUCUCAGAUUCC